ACAAAAAUUAAAAAAAUUCUUACGUUUAAAUAAGCCACUUGGAUUAAAUGCGACAUGGCAAUGCCACAAGUAAAAAAUAUGCUAGGUAAUGGUGUCACUGGUGCUAUUGCUGGGGGAGUUGCUGCCGGUGCUGCCUUGCUGUUUGCUGCUCCCGCAAUUGUGCUUGCUUGGUUGCAGCGAAGGAAACCACAAGAUAAUUUCUUUGAUGUACCAGAUAUUCAUUUGGGACAGCUUAAGAGGUUUUCUUUUCAAGAACUACGAGCUGCAACAAAUAAUUUUAGCAACAAAAACAUUCUGGGUAGAGGAGGAUUUGGUAAGGUUUAUAAAGGUCGCUUGGCUGAUGGUUAUCUAGUGGCAGUAAAAAGAAUUAAAGAGCAGUUGACCCUAAGUACAGAGCAGCAAUUCCGAACAGAGUUACAAAUGAUCAGCUUGGCUGUACAUAGGAAUCUGUUACGGCUACGUGGGUUUUGCAUGACGACUACAGAACGAUUACUAGUCCAUCCAUUCAUGGUUAAUGGAAGUAUAGCAUCUUGUGUGAGGGAUCGUCCGAAUUCGGAACCACCACUUGAUUGGAAAACAAGGAAGCGAAAUGCACUGGGAGCUGCAAGGGGGCUUGCUUAUUUGCAUGAUCACUGUGACCCUAAGAUCAUCCACCGUGAUGUGAAAGCUGAAAAUGUAUUGUUGGAUGAGGAAUUUGAAGCUGCUAUUGGAGAUUUCAGGCUGGCUAAACUUAUGGGUAAGGAAGAUACGCAUGUCACCACUGCUGUAUGUGGCACAAUUGGGCAUAUAGCCCCCGAGUACUUCUCAACUGGAAAGUCAUCAGAGAAAACCGAUGUUUUUGGGUAUGGUAUCAUGCUUCUCGAAAUCAUCACUAGACAGAGAGCUUUUGAUCUUGUUCGGCGUCCUAACAAUGAGGAUGUCUUGUUACUUGAGUGGGUAAAAGGGCUUCUGAAAGAUAAGAAGUUAGAAACAUUGGUUGAUUCUGACCUUCAGGAUGCCCACAUGCAAGACGAGGUGGCAGAGCUAAUCCAAUUGGCCCUCUUGUGCACCCGAGCUGACCCUGCAAAUCGACCAAAGAUGUCUGAAGUGGUUAGGAUGCUUGAAGGUAACGGCUUGGCUGAAAGAUGGGAAGAAUGGCAACAAGAGGAAAUAGACUGUCAAGAUAGUAACUGUAAACGCAUUUGAUAAAUAUCAAAGAUCAUCAGGUUUAAAUGCUGUCCGUGAUUCAAGGCAACAUGAUUCAAGCAAGGCAUCAAGUUUAAAUGGGGUUCAAAGAUCAUCAAGCUUAAAUGCUGUCCAUGAUUCAAGCAAGGCAUUUGAUUUUCAAAAUCACAGCAAAUCAGAAUUAAUUGACUCCAGCAAGAAUCCAGCAACUAAUCUCCAAGAUAACAGGAAGAUGCAAUCAACCAUUAAGGCUUCAAAUCAGUGAUUUUAACCAACGGCUAUUUCUGCAAUUAUUGUAAUUAGUAUUCAAAUUUCAUCCUGUAAUUAUAUAUAAAUGGAAAACUACAAC